GUGGCAUCAUGUUCUCAGAAAAGACAUUUGAUUGUGGGAAUAAACAUUUGAACAACAGAAAUAGCCGAAGCACUCUAUUAAAUAUACGCUCGCUUAUUUUAUUUCGGAAGAUUUUGUGUCCUUGAGUUGAUUUAUUGAGCCUAGACACCACUUAAGAGGUAAUCCAGGAGAGGUCCGUGAAUUAAAUGAAUCUAAGAGAUGGCAGCAGUACAGAUGCAACCAACACAGGGGCAACCAGGCCAGCAUCCCCCUCCUCCACCCCAGGCACCCCAAGGCCAAGCAUUGCCAGGACAGGCUCCACCUGUACAGUUCAUGGAGAAGCCCAAUGUUGUAGGAUGCCCCCCUGGCUUGGAGUACCUCACCCAGAUAGACCAAAUCCUCAUUCACCAGCAGUUGGAGCUGUUAGAGGUUGUGACUGGAUUUGAGACAAAGAACCGUUAUGCGAUCAAGAAUUCUAUGGGACAACAGGUGUACUUUGCUCAAGAGGAGUCUGAUUGCUGUAUGAGACAAUGCUGUGGACCACAGAGGGGCUUCACUAUGCACAUCACGGACAACCUUGGCCAGGAGGUGAUCAGGAUCCAGCGAGAGUUUAAAUUUUGCGCUGGCUGCUGUUGGUGUGCUAACUGCAACUGCUGUGCCAUGGAGAUUGUAAUUGAGUCCCCUCCUGGCCAGGUUGUUGGCUCAAUGAAGCAAAGCUGCAGUUCAUGGGUCCCAAAGUAUGAUAUCAUGGAUGCUAAUGAGCAGGUCAUAUUCAAUGUUACUGGACCUUGCUGUGUCUGUGAUGGGCCUUGCUGUACCGCAGACCAGGAAUUCUUGGUGACAUCCCCAAGUACUGGAUCAGAGGUGGGGAAGAUCAGUAAACAAUAUGCUGGCUUUGCAAAGGAAAUGUUCACCUCUGUGGCCAACUUUGGAGUUUCAUUUCCCAUGGACUUGGAUGUCAGAAUGAAAGCUGUGAUGAUUGGGGCUACCUUCCUCAUUGACUUCAUGUUCUUCGAGAACAAGAACAACAGCUAA